AAAUCAGGGAGACAGAGUAGGUGAGGAGUCGACGUGAGACAUCGAACGAGUUGACUAGCAACGACCCAAUUGUUGUUGGCUGUUGGUUGGAGACCGGAGUCUGAAGAGACAGUGAGUUGGAGACGGAACUGGGCGCUCACAACUUCCAACUUCAAUCACUCUUCAUUCUUCAUUCUUCAAGGAUAUACAGUCCAAUGACUCAAUAUCCACAGAGGCACAGAUUGUAGAUCCUUGGACUAAUUGGGAGUGAGGAAAAUUCGAAUAAACAACUUCAUUGCAUAACUUGCACUUUAUGUCCUCAUAAGAUAUUGUUAUCACUUAUCAAAUUCUAACAGAUACCUUUUCGGAUGGCAUUUUUCAAUUCAAUAACAAGAAGCCUUGUAAGAAAAUCUCUGAUCAGUCACGUGAGAACUGGUGUAAGAUGCAUGAGCAACCUGCCAGAGAAUGCAGUAUAUGGUGGUCCCAAGCCACAGGACCCGAACCAGAGAACAACCCUCGCUACUCUCCGCCAGAAGCACCGCAAGGGGGAGCCCAUAACCAUGGUCACAGCCUAUGAUUAUCCUUCUUCUGUGCAUCUUGACACUGCUGGGAUUGAUAUAUGUCUAGUAGGUGACUCUGCCGCUAUGGUGGUUCAUGGCCAUGACACCACUCUGCCCAUCACUCUUGAUGAGAUGCUCGUGCAUUGUCGAGCUGUUGCCAGAGGAGCUAAAUGCCCUUUUCUUGUUUGUGACCUCCCUUUUGGUAGCUAUGAGUCCAGUACCACACAGGCUGUUGAUGCAGCGGUAAGGGUUUUAAAGGAAGGAGCGAUGGAUGCUAUUAAGUUGGAAGCUGGUGCACCAUCCAGAAUUACAGCAGCUAAAGCAAUUGUUGAAUCUGGAAUUGCUGUGAUGGGGCAUGUUGGACUUACCCCUCAGGCCAUUAGUGUUCUUGGAGGAUUUAGGCCUCAAGGUAGAAAUGUCUCUAGUGCAGUCAAGGUUUUGGAAACUGCCUUGGCUUUUCAGGAAGCAGGGUGCUUCUCCGUUGUUUUGGAAUGUGUGCCGCCACCUGUGGCUGCUGCAACAACAUCUGCUCUUAAGAUUCCCACUAUUGGCAUUGGGGCCGGACCAUUUUGCAGUGGUCAGGUGCUAGUUUAUCAUGAUCUGCUUGGGAUGAUGCAACAUCCACAUCAUGCCAAGGUUACUCCUAAAUUCUGUAAACAAUAUGGGCAUGUCGGGGAUGAAAUCAACAGAGCACUUCUGCAAUACAAGGAAGAAGUGACAAACGGUUCUUUCCCCGGUGCCGCUUAUAGUCCGUAUAAAAUUAGCGCUGCUGACAUGGAUGGUUUCCUUCACGAACUGCAGAAGUUGGGUUUCGACGAUGCAGCAUCUGCAGCUGCUACUGCUGCCGAGAAGAUUCAGACACCACCACCAAAAUGAUCAGAGUAUGUGCUAGAGAGCUAAGUUUUUUUUUUUUGGUUACCCAAAGGUAUCCCUCCAGUCGAUAGCCAGAAGACUAAUCCUCCGUCCCAACGGUCAGCACACUAAGUGGUAGGGGAUUGGCCAGAGAGCUAAGUUGAUAAUGCCUUCUAUCUAUAACUAUUUGUCAAAAAUAUUUAGUUAGGUUUUUUUACUGCAAUCUGCAUGCUUAAAAAGCUAAUUUGACUAAAAGAUGAAACAAGCUGCAAUAUUUCCACAUUUUUUAUUACUCU